AUGGGGUAUCUUGUGAAUGAAGCACAGAGUGCUUUUGUUAAAGGGAGGCAAAUCUCAAGUAAUAUCAUGCUUGCUCCUGAACUGAUCAAGAAUUAUAGCAGGAAAAAUAUUUCUCCAAGGGCCAUGAUAAAUAUUGAUAUCAAGAAGGCGUUUGAUACCAUCAGUUGGAGUUUCCUAUCAGACUUGCUUCUUGGAUUGGGCUUUCCAGAUACUAUGAUCAAAUGGAUUAUGGCAUGUAUCACUUCACCAAAAUAUUUAAUCUCUCUAAAUGGUUCUCUUUAUGGUUAUUUCAAGGGUGAACGUGGCUUAAGAUAA